CCAGCUCGCCUCUGGUAGAAGGCAGAAAUGGAGGUCUCGGACAGAGAGAAGCUUCCUUCUGGCUUUUCCAUGCCUCCUCCCCCCGGUUCUCUCGAACAAACCCCCAAAGAACGAGUCCUGGAAUAUAUCGAGACCGUUUUCUCAAAUAUCACGGAGGAGAUUGUUCUUCCAGAUGGUAAACCAACAAUCACAUUAAAGAGGCGAGCGAAGAAACCUGCCCACCUGUUCAUCGAUCCGGUCAAUGGAGCUCUGGAGAGCAACGAAGCUGUGACAUAUAUGACAUACUCAUGGCCGGGAAAGAGUGUCCACGAAGCGUGGAAAUUUACUGUCAUGGCCAAGGUUCUGAGCAUUAUUUCAGAGGCACUUCGAGACGGACUGGCAAUCUCGAAGAGAGACAUAUACUAUAGUGACCCUGCCUGUUUCGGCUCACAGAGAGUAGUGGAUGUGGCAGUCGAUGACAUUGCGAAUACAAUCGGGGUUGAUAGACUGGCACUGAACGUGGAAGCAGCAGCAAAAGGACUCACGGCAGGGUGUUAUCGUAUCAGAACCAAGUUCAAUAGGGAGAUAAAUCCCUGGCUAUCAAUGGAAGACACACUUGUUCCCAGAAUGGAUGAUAUUGAUGAGGUUGAUAUCACGGAUAUCAAAUGGGUGUUGAUACUGGAAAAGGAAGCUGUCUUUCGGAGACUUGCAAGCAGCGGAUAUCAAAUUACAGCAACCAUGGGCAAAGGCAUUCUCGUUACUGCGAAAGGAUACCCGGACCUGCUUACCCGAACUUUCGUUCGACGGCUUUCAGAAACCAAGUCUUUCACGCAGUCGGUGCCGAAAAUCUACACUCUGGUCGAUUGUGACCCAGACGGAAUAGCCAUCAUGGCGACUUACAAAUAUGGCUCGGCGGCACACACCCGUGAGAACUCAAGGCUGAAUGUUCCCAGCCUCCAGUGGCUAGGGCUUCGCACCUCAGACCUCGUCGAGGGAGCGGACGAAAGGGGAGACGAAGCCCUUCUUCGAUUGACAUCGCGCGACAGGAGGAAGGCACUGGCAAUGCUGAAGAACAAUCCGGUGUGGGCAGCCGAUGGCCCCGAGCCGGAAUGGCGCACAGAGCUGCAGCAGAUGCUGAUGCUUAAUCUAAAGGCCGAGAUAGAGAUCCUCUAUGGAAGGGAUGGAGGGUUGGAAGAGUGGAUUGAUCUGCAAAUGCGAAAUGACACACUGAAAGGAGGCUCUUGAAGACGGAAAGGAUGUUACCUUGCCCAGUGAAGUGGCCAGUUAUGGACAAAAAACUAUAUAUCGAUUUCCAAAAACGCUCUGCUGAUUCCCAACAACCUGCUAUUUACAAUGAUGCAUCGCAGGGGACCUAAACCCCCCUGUCUCGCCUAUA